AUGAAGCUUAAGGUCGAGGACCCCAUUAAGAAGAGCAUUGCCAAUGCAAAGAGGAAUAAAAGGCGACGGGAUAGAGCAAAGCAGCUUCGGAAUGCCCAGCCCCCGAGCCUUUCGACAAACGUAGCUGUCCCAAGUGCCAAUGCGCAAGAGGCGCCGGUGAACAUUGAUAACGACGCGACCUAUGAGCUCGAAGAUUUUGAUCCGAUUCACCGUGAAGACGCUGGCGACGUGGAAGCAUCGGAAGAUGCUGACGGUUUCAGCGCAGCCGAGGAGGAACCAGAACCAGAGCCCGGACCAGAGUCCACGUUAGCACAAGAUGUGCGGGAAGCGUACGUGCGUGACUUUGCAGCAGCCGCGGAGAGCCGGACUUGCUUUCUGAACAGCAGCGCUGGCGUACUUCGCAGCCUGGCGGGAAGCAGACCUGAGGCGUGCCCCCGGUGCGCCGUGCGCUCCCCCGAAGGGGGACGGACCUGCCCUGUGACCAUCAUUACUUGGGAGCAACCCAUAUGCGUAGAUGUCCCUGUGUGCUGGUGCACACCCUGUCGGGCGUUUCAUAACAUGCGUCCCACAGAGUUCAACUGCCUACCCGACGCUAAGGCUGGGUGGGACCUCCACCUCCAGCGAGACGGCCAGCAUGUUCUCUGGUGGCACCAGUCGCUCCUGCAGCUGUUCGACCUUGUGUCAUUCAGGAGCAGGCACCUGAGUGCGGACGCGUUCUGCUCUGCACUCCUUGACACCUGGGAGCAAAAUGGCAUCCGCCGUCCAGUUUCUGUUUCGGCAACCACACUUCGUAAACGCCUUCGGCAAGCACUCCUCCUGUACAUGGACUGCCAGGGCGUCGUGGAUGACUACCCGGAGGGCACACUUAGCACCUGGCCCCGUGGAGCUCUGAAUGGGUGCCCUUGUUGUGGGGACACUCUCAGGUGCAGCAGUGCAGUGAAUGGUGCGGCCGCAGCCGCCCCAGCCCCUGUUACAGGUGCCGCAUCGCCGGGGGUCGUGGGAGAAGCAGCAGCAGUGGAGGGGCCGGAUCCUGGACUGGAGCGCACAGAGGUGGCGGCAGCAGGCAGCCCUGCCGCCACUGAGGGCAAUCCCGUCCCCCCAGUCCCGUCAGCCGGCGCAGCAGCCCCAGAAACCAUGGCGGCAGCGGUGUCCACGGGCGCUGAAGUGCUAGGGGCGGCAGUGCUCGCGUCGACUGACUGGCUGCUUCGGGACACCUGCAGCCCCGAAGCCGCAGGGCCUGGCCCCACGAGCUUGCACUCGGUACAUUUCGAUGCCUGCUUUAAGCUAAACCUGCUGUCCCAUAAGGGCUACGUUUCUGGCUACACACAGCUAGGACGGCGCCGUUACUUCUUGCCCAACGCAUCGAUACAGCAGGUGCUUUUGGACGGUCAUGCGUCACAGCAGAUUGGUGUGACGCACUGCUCGAACUUCGAUGCUGACAAGGUGGGUGUGGGUCGGGAGCCAAUGCGUGUUUUUAGGAAGCUGGCAUUCAUGGAGAUGGCCUUCCGGAACGUAAAGCAGCCAUACCAAUGCCGACAUACCGGUAAGCCGCACCCUGAACUGAUGCCAUGA